ACUGUAAUCAAAACUUGUCUUCACAGAGUUCACUAAAGUGUGGGCUGAAAAAGCACCUGCUCAAGCAGACUGGAUAUUACCAUCUAUUGAAAACACAAAGAACGUGAAAGAAGAAGACACAGCUAAUUUCAGUGGUUUACUUUGAAGACGUUCCUGAGAUCUACACAUAACAGCAUCUACAAUGAAAAAAGCAAAAGACAUGCCGGAGGGGGAGAGGACGAUUGUGCUCCGGCAGAUGAAGGUGCGGACGGCUCUGAAGGGGGAUUUCAGCUGGAUCAACAAUAAAAACACUGAUGAAGAAGAUGAGGAAGAAGAAGGCUUGGCCAAGGAUGUGCCAGUAAAAUCGUCCCAUUCCAAUGGAGUCUCUUCAGCGCCCUCUGACUCCUCCAGCACUUCCGAAAGCAGUCCAGCAAGCCAGAAGCCUUCACCUUCAGGAUACAUAAUCAGAGGUGUUUUUACUAAAACAAACGAUACCACCCAGGCAUUCCCAACCUCAACCUCAUCGUAUGGCGAAAGUGUGAGAAGCUCCAACACUUCUACUCCACAGUACUCCCCGCUUAACAAGAGAUCCGCUGAGCACUAUAAGCAAAUAGCUCCACAUAGUGUGCGUUCCAAAGCAGUCAGCCCUGCCCCUGAGGAACCCCCCUCUUCUACAGAGGAGCACACCAAGAGGACGGAGGCUGCCAACAGUGUCAUAAAGAGUUCAGCACCCAAGGAACGCUCAUACGUCUUAUCAGCAGUGAACAAAUACAGCAGUCCUGAAAAGCUGGAUAUCCCAUCUAAAGACACCUCCUUUUCUUUUGUGGCUAAAAGGGUGGAGAUCAGCGAUGAAGAGCCAGAAGAGAACUGUGACACGUCACCACGGAUCGCACCAAAAAUCAGCUUGAACCAGAAACCAACUGCCGCCCCUCGCAAGCUCAGCCCCAAUACAGAAACAAAAACACAGACCACUGUCAUGAAGAAGGAAACAGUGUUUGACAUUCCAAAAAAUACUUUCUCAACUGAAUCAAAGAGUCCCAGCACUGAAAGAAAAACACAGAACACUGUCACAAAGGAAACAGUGUUUGACACUCCAAAAAACCUUAUCUCAGCAGAAUCAAAGACAAAGAGCUCACAAGACACUAAGUCACUGUGGGACAAGUGGGAUAAACCUGCAGCCACUGAGACAGCAAUCACAACUGUCACUCAGAAAAGCUCACUUGACACUAAAUCAGCCUGGGACAAGUGGGAUGUUCCCACAGCCACUGAGAUUACAACCACAACUGUCACUCAGAAAAGCUCACAGGACACAAAGUCACAGUGGGAUAAAUGGGAUUUACCAGCAGCCACUGAGACUACCACCACAACUGUCACUGAGAAAAGCUCACAAGACAUUAAGUCACUGUGGGACAAGUGGGAUAAACCUGCAGCCACUGAGACAGCAAUCACAACUGUCACUGAGAAAAGCCCCAACACAGAAACAAAAACACAAACCACCAUCGUAAUAAAGGAAACAUUGAAUGAACCUCAAAAAAAUCCUUUCUUAACUGAAACAAAGACAAAGAGCCCCAGCACAGAAACAAAAACACAGACCACUUUCACGAAAAAGGAAACAAUAUUCGACAUUCCAAAAAAUUCUUUCUCAACUGAAUCAAAGAGCCCCAGCACAGAAACAAAAACACAGACCACUUUCACGAAAAAGGAAACAAUAUUCGACAUUCCAAAAAAUUCUUUCUCAACUGAAUCAAAGAGUCCCAGCACUGAAACAAAAACACAGACCACUGUCACGAAGGAAACAGUGUUUGACACUCCAAAAAACCCUGUCACAACAGAAUCAAAGACAAAGAGCUCACAAGACACUAAGUCACUGUGGGACAAGUGGGAUAAACCUGCAGCCACUGAGACAGCAAUCACAACUGUCACUGAGAAAAGCUCACUUGACACUAAGUCAGCCUGGGACAAGUGGGAUGUUCCCACAGCCACUGAGAUUACAACCACAACUGUCACUCAGAAAAGCUCACAGGACGCAAAGUCACAGUGGGAUAAAUGGGAUUUACCUGCAGCCACUGAGACUACUACUACUGUCACUGAGAAAAGCUCACAAGACAUUAAGUCACUGUGGGACAAGUGGGAUAAACCUGGAGCCACAGAGACAGCAAUCACAACUGUCACUGAGAAAAGCUCACUUGACACUAAGUCAGCCUGGGACAAGUGGGAUGUUCCCACAGCCACUGAGAUUACAACCACAACUGUCACUCAGAAAAGAGAGGCUGACACUGUCAUUCCUACCUGGCGAGUCAUGGACAUCACCAAGAAUAUGAGUGUCUCCACCCAGCAGCAAAGCCCCAGCAUACAAACUCAGACCACCUUCACAAAGAAGGAAACAGUGUUUGAGACUGAACCUGUGACAGAGAGUGCCUUCACAAUUGCUAAAGAGACCAAGCAAGAUCCCCCGACUGCCUCUGAUUUAAUCAGCUUCGACAUGGAAGAGAAUAAUUCUGUCACAACUAUUCAUACAACAAAAUAUCAAACAGAAGACCCAGUCCAAAAAACAUUUGACAGCAGCGAUCUGACUAAUAUCAUAAAUACAGAUACAACAACACAUCAGUCCAAAUCUCCUGACCCAGAAUACAAAAAGAUAGUGAUGGUGAAGGAGUAUGUGAAUUCAACAGGGUUUAAUCCCUCAGAGUACAGCAGCAUAAACAAGUAUGACAACAUCACCUACAGCCACUCAAACUAUUCCUACAGCAGCCCUUCGGCGACGUAUAGAAGUUCAGGAACAUCUUGCUCGUACUGCGGGGAAAUGGUUGGAGAUGAUGCCAGAAUCACAAUUGAGCAUCUCAACAUUUACAGCCAUCCAUCUUGUUUUAAGUGUGGAGUGUGCAGCAAGCCCAUGGGUGAGUUACUGGAGAGCAUGUACAUUCACGGCGGCCAGGUGCACUGUGACAGCUGCUAUGACCAGGUCUUUUAGGUAUGAAGAUCGAGACAAGACUUUCUAUUAAUUUUACAGAUUCUACAAACAAAUACAACACAGCGUAAUUCACUAAAACAAUAUUAAAAGGUGUAAAAACCACUUCUUAGUUAACACCUCAGUAUUCUCAGUCACACUCGAUUUCAAAAGGUUUUUUUUAAUUUUCUGAAGCCCGUUUAUCUUCAGCAGUGAACGGUAAUUCCCUGUGUUACAGGUAAUAGGACCCUACCUGACCCCACAUUUAUUUUUUAAUACCUGUAAUACAGGCGAGUUGUGGCAGGUAAAAGUGGUUUCAGUGUCAACAGUCUGGAAAACAACAAAGCAAUAAGAUGAAUAAAGUUGCAUUGCAUUAUGUUACACAAUGCUGCAAUCAGUAUUCAGACCAUGCACAUUGCCACCUUUAUUAGUUAUUGCAAACACUGGUGAUUGAACUUCUAAAAGCCUUCCGUUCAUUAAGGUAUUUCUGUAACAUUCAUCUAGCAAGUGCAAAAUGAAACUGACCUAUGCUUUCUCAAAAUAUGUUUUUACUGCCAACAAAUUGUUUCAGGACUAUAAUGGCAAAAUUAACAUUAUAAUAUUUUUAUUUACUAUAUUAGCAUAAGGGGAACAUGGGAGCUUUCUGGAUCUUAAAAUUCAUUACUAGCAUUACUGUAGUCUAAAUCCUUUUUGGUGCCAAGCAAAUACAAUUGUGAGUAUGUGUUGUUAUUUUUUAGUGUCCAUAUAAAUAAUGCACUUUUCUCACCUAAAAAUAGAUGGCAGCAUCAAGUUUCAUGGCACUCAAAUUUAGUGGCCUCGGCACAAGGCUUUUUUAUAGUGAGUUUAUAGGUU